CAGCUUCAAGUUGUUGACUUUGCUCGGGUGACCACUAUCGAGAACUGCAGCAUCCGGUCUUCUUGGUGUCCCAGCACGUAUGAAUUGUCUUUUACGACAGUAAUCGACGUGUGUACUCUAGUGCCUAUUCGAGGGUUUCCGCCUUCCACCCUUCAAGUUCACCCACCUGGGCCCUGGCCUGCCACUUGUACUCAAGUUCUCCAUGUCCCUCGUUCCGUCAUCGAUAUUAGCAUGGAUACUACUACGUGCAAUAUCGUGGAUGUGAUUACACCCAGUGCUGUUCAGCUGACUUCUAUCUUUGGCGCGCGACAGAUGGCUGACUGAUGGACGCAAGAUGGAUGUCGAUGGAACCGUCGCAGUCAGACCUUUCACCCAGGUUCAAGUUUCCCGUUGUCGUGCUCAGUGCUCACGGUGGAGAACAUAUUUAAGUAGGGAUCCCAAUACUGCGCCAGGAAGUUUUUCAUCUCUUCAGCUUCGGUCCUCGAUAAACAAAGCCAGAAACCGCUGCACACAAUAAUUCUCCUGUAUCAUGGUCAAAGUCGCCAUCGCGGGAGGAUCGGGGCACGUCGGACUGAACAUCAUCAACGCCAUCCUUUCCGUAGGCAACCAUAUCCCCAUUAUCCUCUCCCGCUCCGAAACCAAAGCUACGGAUCCUCCUAACGUCGAAGUCCGCACAGUCGACUACUCGAACCGUGCAAACCUGGUCUCCUCGCUGCAAGACGUCCACACAGUCAUUGUCACGCUGUUCAGUGCCGAUGCGAAGGAAUCAGUGGAGCAUCAGCUCGCGUUGCUGGAGGCGGCAAAGGAGGUGGGGGUCAAGAGGUUUGCGCCCUCAGAGUGGGCGUCUAGGGAUAACAGUGGACUACUGAUGUACUUGCCAAAGUUGCAAGUCUGGGAGGCCGUGAAGAACUCCGGCCUUGAAGCGACGCGGUUCGUUCCUGGUCUCUUCAUCAACAUGUUCGUAGGCGGCUCCAACCUCCCAUCCGAACGCGAAGCUCUCGCAGGCUACCCCGGUAAUCUCUUUAUCGACGCUCGCGCCGGCAUCGCGGACAUUCCCGGCGAUGGCACAACCAAAAUUACCUUCACCUCCGUCCAAGACACUGCUAAGUUUGUCGCUGCGAGUCUUGAUUUGGACAAAUGGGAAGAGCUGAGUGGAAUCGUGGGUGAGACGAAGACGUUUGACGAGGUGGUGGAUGUUGCGGAGAGGAUCACAGGAAAGACGUUUUUGAGGACAUAUUUGAUAAAGGGAGGAGGUGAGAGGGCGGAGAGGUUACUGGGGAGUUUGAUUUAUUCUGAGAGCGCCAAGUCGAUGUCCGCUGGCCAUUGGGAGGUUGAACCGACGCUGAACCGCAGGCUUCCUCCCCUUCGUGCUCUUACCGUAGAAGAGUUUCUUCGAGGGUAUUGGGAAGGCGCGGAUUGGUCGACUCCGGCUGCUGCUGCAUCUUAACGUAUGAAGUAGGUUGUAUACACGAGAUUUGUGAUGAUGCGGUCAAUGUGUAUGUAUUUAGGGUGUCUGAAGAAGCUACAUAAAUGAGAUCUAAACGAGC